AUGAGUGACAGCGACAAGGCACAGGUGGAUAGUUUCAAGCAGUUUGGGAUUGCAACUUUGAAAAUAAUGGCUUACAUGGCUGGCCAAUCUGGGAGGUAUGGGAUGCUGCGUUUUACGAAGCGGGAUUUGUAUAAUUAUGUGCAUGGGCAAAGGGUUGCACAAAUAUGUGAUGGUGAUGUAGGGGUGCACAUGGGCCGGCAACAAGUACAAGAAGCCGCUCGUGGUUUUUUUGGGUCAAAUCACCACAAGCAGACAUCGAUCUUUGGCUUCGCGCUGUUGGAGGAUGAAGAGGUUCGAACAUACCGGUGGGUUAUGUUGAACUUGUUGGAUGUUAUGGGACAAAAGAAGCCGUGUGUAGUUGUGACGGAUGGGGACAAGGCGAUGCGCGCCGCAAUUGCGGAGGUUAUGCCGACCGCGAGACAUAGACUGUGCGGUUGGCACUUGGAGAAGAAUUGCAUCCAAAGGGUUAAGAAUACUGAAUUUUGCAAGGUUUUUAAGAAAGCUCUGUAUGCCAAUUUUGAAAUCAACGACUUCGAGGAGUUUUGGAAGUUGUCGGUAGAGUCGCUUGGGCUACGAGAUAACAACUGGGUUUAG